AUGUCUCAGUUUUGGAAUCAACACACGCCCUCAGGUAGCUCGAAUGCAGGGUCGAAGGAUUUUCAAGAUCAACCGAAUGCAAACAGAAGCGGAAUGGAUCUUUCAAACAUGGGAGUCAAACAGGCGACUGGUCAGCAGGCAGUGUUUCAGAGGCCCAAUGCUGUUUCGGGUUCUUUUGAUGUCGCAACUGCAACAGGUGGAGCAGAUGCGGCAAGUGGGCCUAACAGCAAGGGCGCUGGUGAGAAUGCUAAUAACAACAAAAGCAAUGCAAAUAUUGAUAGCUCAGAAGGUAAAAUGGCUGGUGUUGGUAACGUGGAUAUCAAGAAGGAAAGUAAGGCGCAGCAUUUCGUUUUACCAUCCAUCUCAGAUUUGAGUGGAGAAUCACGUGGUCACACAUACACUCAUGCUGGACACGGCCACAGUCAUAAUAGUCACCCUCCAUCUAAUACCACAAUGAGUGGUACCAAUAGUGCAUCUACCUCGAGUACUAGUAAUCCCAUGCUACCAAAUCAACCUCUGAGGCUUCCCUCGGUAGCGACCACUCCAUAUGGCUCGGAACAGGUUAUCAAAGGGUUGACCACUAAUGAUGCUCAAGUUUCUCAUGAUUCGAAUGGAAAUACUAGUGAAUUUAGUAAAAGCAACAAACCCAAGCAUAAUAUCAGUACCGGUAGCACCAACGAUGAAAUGAAGAGUUCUGGUAGAAAGAGUACAUCUGGCUUUUCUGUGGCAAGUUUUGAUAAUCCCCUUCCUCCUGUAAAACAGCAGGAUCCAACCCCACAAUAUCAGGUGUUGCCGCAACAGCAACAACAGCAACAACAGCAACAGCAGCAACAGCAACAGCAACAGCAACAGCAGCAGCAACAGCAGCAACAGCAGCAACAGCAACAACAAGUCGCCUAUGAUUCUUAUUAUCGGCCACUCAAUGUGAAAGAUGCACUCUCAUAUUUGGAACAGGUAAAAUUUCAAUUUAGUGCUAGGCCAGAUGUCUAUAAUCAUUUUUUGGAUAUUAUGAAAGAUUUCAAGUCACAAGCUAUAGAUACCCCGGGUGUAAUCGAGAGAGUUUCAACAUUAUUUAGAGGAUUUCCGAAUUUAAUUCAAGGCUUUAAUACAUUCUUACCUCAAGGAUAUAGAAUUGAAUGUUCAGCUAACCCUGAUGAACCUAUUAGAGUAACGACGCCUAUGGGCUCUUCAAUUGUAGCUGGUACUACAGACUCGACACUCACUUUUCAAAAUCAAACACAAAGGCCAAACUUACAGCAAGAUAGUUCGGUGCUUCUUCAACCAGAUCUAUCUGAACAAGGUAGUCAGCAAGCUAACUUGUCUCAUAAUUCUGUUGGUAUACCCGAUGAUUCUGCUCAACCUCAGGUCCGGUCGCAACUUCCACACGAUUACCAAGGCCAUUUACAACCUCAAUCUCAACCGCAAUCUCCAGCUCAUCCUCCAACCCAGGCUCCGGUUACAAGUCAGGUACAAGGCCAACUUUUAUUUACCGAUCAGCAACAGUUUACAGACACAAAUAAGAAAGCUGCAGAUGUGGAAUUUAGUCAAGCCAUAAGUUAUGUCAAUAAGAUUAAGAAUAGGUUUGCAGAUCAACCUGAUAUCUAUAAGCAUUUCUUAGAAAUAUUGCAAAUAUAUCAAAGAGAGCAAAAGCCAAUAAACGAAGUUUAUGCUCAAGUUACUGUUUUGUUUCAAAAUGCACCCGACUUGCUUGAUGACUUCAAGAAGUUUUUGCCAGAUUCAUCCGCUACGGUUCCAUCUCAGCAAUCGGCCACUCAACAACCAUUGCAUGCAUUCGGUAUGGGUAAUUUUUACGGAGAUAAUGAGACGGGUGCUCAACAGAACUUGCCACCAUUAGGAAACUUUUCGCCUCCGACAAAUGGUGGCCCAGUCCGCCCAUAUUAUGCUGAACCAGCCUCGCAGGCAGUGGGGUUGCCACCGGUCCCCCGACCGGACAAUCAUAUGGAGCAGAACAUGCAUCCACAUGUAAGCACUCAAGGAAUUUCGAACGAUGGAAUCCCAAUCUCAGAUUUGAGAUCUCCGAUUACACAGAAUGGUAUUGAAAUCUCACAGUAUCAACAACAGCAGCAGCAUGUACCGACAAGCGAAGAAGGUCAAUACUUCGAAAGUGCUGUUAGGCCCGAAAUUGAUUUAGAUCCAAGCAUAGUCCCAGUCAUUCCUGAACCUACCGAACCUAUUGAAGACAGCCUUUCUUUAAUCGAAGAAACUAACUUUUUUGACAAGGCAAAAAAAUUCAUCGGCAAUAAACAAAUUUACACAGAGUUUUUGAAAAUUCUAAAUCUCUUUUCACAAGAUCUUUUGGAAGUCGGCGAGCUCGUAUCGAAGGUUGAACACUAUUUGGGUGCGAAUAAGGAGCUUUUUUCUUGGUUCAAGAAUUUUGUUGGUUUCCAAGAUAAACCUAAACAUAUUGAAAAUAUUGUACAUGAAAAGCAUAGGUUAGAUCUUGAUUUAUGUGAGGCAUGUGGCCCUAGCUACAAAAAACUACCUAAGGCAGACACCUUUAUGCCUUGCUCGGGCAGAGAUGAAAUGUGUUGGGAGGUGCUGAAUGACGAGUGGGUAGGCCAUCCUGUCUGGGCUUCUGAAGAUUCAGGGUUCAUUGCACAUCGUAAAAAUCAGUAUGAGGAGACUUUGUUCAAGAUUGAAGAAGAAAGACACGAAUACGAUUUUUAUAUUGAAUCAAACUUAAGGACCAUACAAACAUUGGAAACUAUAGCCAGUAAGAUAGCUAACAUGACCGAAGAGGAGAAAGCUAAUUUCAAGCUCCCUCCUGGAUUGGGACAUACAUCACUCACAAUUUAUAAAAAAAUUAUCAGAAAAAUUUACGACAAAGAGAAGGGUUUUGAAAUCAUUGAUGCUUUGCAUGAGUAUCCUGCCGUUGCUGUACCUGUCGUUUUAAAGAGAUUGAAGCAGAAGGAUGAGGAAUGGAGAAGAGCUCAAAGAGAAUGGAACAAAGUAUGGAGGGAGUUGGAACAAAAAGUAUAUUUCAAAUCCCUCGAUCAUCUGGGAUUGACAUUCAAGCAGGCAGAUAAGAAGUUAUUGACCACAAAGCAAUUAAUUUCUGAGAUAAGCAGUAUUAAGGUUGACCAGACAAAUAAGAGAAUGCAUUGGCUGACACCAAAACCAAAAAGUCAGUUAUCGUAUAAUCUUCCAGAUAAGCAGGUGCUUUACGACAUUCUGGCAUUGGCAGAAAUUUUCAUAAAUCAUAGUGCUACUUAUUCAAAUCCUGAUAAAGAGAGACUGAAGGAUUUGCUGAAGAUCUUCAUUUCUCUUUUCUUUUCUAUUCCUCUGCAUGAUAUUUUUUCUGCUCUAGAGGCAAAGACGGAUUCUUCUGAAGGGAAUGGAAAGUCUGCAUCAGUCAAUGGUAGUGAUGAAGUUUCUAAAAAAAGGCCUCGGGAAAUUGAAAUCCCUCUGAAGGACGUCCUUCACCGGGCUAAUUACCAAAUGUUAAAGCAGCGGGCAAACGGAGGCGACGAUUACAACGACUCGCCAAUUUCUGAAGGCCAUUUAAUGGAUGACGAUGACAAGCUGGACGCAGAAGAGGAAAAUAUCAGACUAGAAGCAAAAAAGCCUUGGUUACUUGGAGAUUUAGUUGAAGAGGCAAAUGCACAAGGGAAAAUUCAAAAUCGUAAGACUUUCAACCUUUUUGCAAAUACGAACAUAUAUGUAUUUUUCCGUCAUUUAUUGACGCUCUUCGAACGGCUUUACGAAGUAAAGCAGAUUGACGACGAAGUUACCAAAGAAAUCAAUAGCAGAAAGGUUGUUCAGUUCGCAAAAGAUUUGAACUUAAUUUCCCAACAAUUGAAAGAUAUGGGUUUAGACUUCAAUGGCGCAGAUGCCUACGAGCAAUUGGUUCACUUAUGUGAACGCUUAAUUGAAGGUGAUAUUGAGCAUCAAUGGUUUGAAGAAAGCUUACGUCAAGCAUAUAAUAAUAGGGCAUUCAAAAUAUACACCAUAGACAAAGUUAUUCAAGCCUUGGUGAAACAUGCACAUACGAUAAUGACCGACUCAAAGAGUUCCGAGAUAAUGAUGUUGUUCGAAAAAGACAGAUCACAAAUGGAUACCACUGCAAAGAAUCAGAUAUUGUAUCGUCUGCAAGUACGCUCUUAUAUGUCACCUACAGAAAACAUGUUUCGCAUUGAAUUCAACCGCCAAAAGAAUAACGUCUGUAUUCAAUACAUAGCUGUUGACGAUUUGACUUUAGCGGAACCAAAGUCAUUAGAAGAUAAGUGGAAGUAUUAUGUCACUUCUUAUGCUUUAUCUCAUCCUACUGAAGGAAUACCACAGGAAGAAUUGCAGAUUCCAUUUUUAGAAAGAGUCGUCGAAGAUGAAGGGGCAUUUGGAGAUGAUGAGGAAGACGAAGUGACAUCCUCUAAAGAAAGAUAUUCCCCAGAAGGAGUAUCAGGCUCCACCCUUAAAAUUAAAAUCAAUCCAGAAACAUAUGCUUUGGACAUUGAGCCUGGUUCUUAUGAUGUGUUUUCAAGGAAAUCGAUCAACAAAUUCACCACAAACGUGGGAGGAGAAGCAUUCAAUAAGAAAAGACAAAGAAAGCUAAAUAUUAUAAAGAGGUACUUGGAAAGCAAAAAUGGAUGGAAGAAGUCUCUAUCCAGCACAGAGGCAGAUGUUAUAAAUGAAAAAUUAUCGUAUGUCAAACGAAAUGGUACACUUAGCGGCUUCGUGCUGGAAAACAAACUUAACCCGGGUACAGAUAAGUUCGACUCGAAGCAACUAAUUGAAGAUAGAGAGCAAAUUCAGGUUAAUGGAAUUUUGGCAAAAGAUUAUAAAGGUUUGCCGGAUAGUGAAGAAAGAGGUAAUGACACAACUACUGAGGAUAUCGAUACUGAGAUGUCAACAGCACUGGCUGGUUAA